AUGAACCUAGUUUCGGUCCGGAUACUACCCGUUUUGAUCUUUCUCCUCUUUCAUGUCUCGAAAUCGGAAGAUGAAGAAGUGAAACGAUCACUUGUGGGAUUCAUGGACAAACUUGCAGCUGGAAAUGUAGGAAGAGAUCAAAGUUGGGGUUGGAACAUGAGUUCAGACCCUUGCAAUGACAAAUGGAUCGGUGUAUCCUGCGAUACGUUGUUAAAAUCCGUCAAGAAAGUCGUUCUCGAUGAGUUAAAUCUCACUGGUGUUAUUGAUAUUGGUUUUGCCUGUAAGGCAAGUUCCCUUUCAGUGCUUAGCCUACACAGCAACAAUGUUGUUGGAUCAAUAUCAGAAGAAAUAGGGAAUUGCAAACAUUUGACACACCUUUAUGUAAGUGGUAACCAAAUAUCUGGUCACCUUCCAGAAUCUCUAAAGCAGUUGAGUAAUCUAAAGAGGUUCGAUAUAUCGAACAAUAACUUCUCCGGUGAAGUUCCUGAUAUCUCUCAAAUUUCGGGCCUAAUUACUUUCUUUGCUCAGAACAAUCAACUUACUGGUGAGGUACCAAAUCUUGAUUUCUCCCAUCUGUUGCAGCUAAACAUAUCUAACAAUAACUUCAGUGGUCCAAUUCCUGAUGUCAAAGGGAGAUUCUCUGCUGAUAGUUUUUCAGGUAAUCCUGGACUUUGUGGAGAAUUAGUCUCAAAGCCAUGCCCUCCAACACCGCCAUCGAAACGGAAAUCCAACCAUUCGUCGAUCAAACGUUUUUUUAUCUACUCCGGUUACGCAGUUCUCGGCCUUAUUGUCGUAUUAUUCGUUGCCUUCAAACUAGUGAGUAAAAUGAAGCCGAAGGACGACAAAGAAGCAGUGGAAACAAACACUAGCAGGCGUAGCUACAAGACCAGUACUACUACUUCGAAUGAAUCGAAGAUUGCUGAGAAUAAAUCAGAGUAUUCAAUAAGUUCUGUGGAGAGUGGAGUGGCCUUAUCAUCACUUGUAGUGCUUACAAGUCCAACAGGUCAAGGUUUAAGAUUCGAGGACCUGCUUCGAGCACCAGCUGAAUUGCUUGGAAAAGGGAAACAUGGAAGCCUUUACAAGGUAAUGCUUGAUAAUGGGGUGACAACGUUGGCAGUGAAGAGGAUAAAAGAUUGGAGUGUUGAUAGUGAAGAGUUCAAGAGGAGAAUGAAGAGGUUGGACCAGACCAGGCAUCCCAGUGUAUUGCCAUCAGUUGCAUUUUAUUGUUCACAGCAAGAGAAGCUCUUGGUUUAUGAAUAUCAACCCAAUGGCAGUCUUUUCAGGCUCCUCCACGGAUCCCAAAGUGGCCAGGCGUUCGGCUGGGAAAGCAGAUUAAAUGUUGCGGCCAUUGUUGGUGAGGCAUUGGCAUUUAUGCAUGAGGAGCUUGGUGAAGAUAGAAUAGCUCAUGGUAACCUGAAAUCCACAAACAUACUCUUCAAUCAAAACAUGGAUCCCUGUAUCAGUGAGUAUGGGCUAAUGGUGUUCCAGACUCAAGACCUAUCAUUCGAUUUCCAAUCUAGCAAGGAUGCUUUGGAUCAUGCGGCCCCAACCUAUGGCAGCUUUAAAGCUGACAUCUAUGGUUUUGGGGUGAUUCUUCUAGAACUUCUCACAGGGAAGCCGGUUCACACUAAUGGGAUCGAUUUGGCUCAAUGGGUGCAUUCAGUGGUUACAGAAGAAUGGACUGUAGAAGUGUUUGACAAGGCCUUGAUCUCCCAGGGUGCAAGUGAAGAGAGGUUAUUGAACCUCUUGCAGAUAGCACUCAAAUGCAUAAAUCCCAAUCCGUAUGAAAGGCCUAACAUGAAUCAAGUUGCUGUAAUGAUCAGUACGUUAAAAGGUGAAGAAGAUAGAUCAAGCUCACAUCCAUGA